AUGAACAAGCAUCUUAGUGCAAUCCAUUUGGUAUUUAAUGCAAUACAGUAUUUCCUCAAGACUCAAAAAUGCAAGUUUGGCCCCAGGUGCAAAUUCAAUCAUCCAAAAGAUAAAGCUGCUCCUUUGGCUGCUUUAGAAAACACUGAUACUUCUGAAUUACCAGAGAGACCAUUUGAGCCCCCAUGUGUGUUCUAUAUGAAGACUGGAAAAUGUAAAUUUGGUUCAACCUGCAAAUUUCAUCACCCAAAGGACAUCACAAUUACAGCAACCGAGGUAGAAGAUGGUAAUGGUGAAGCUUUUACAGUUGGUGGUGGGACAAAUGGCAAUGGGAAUUUGGAACUUUCAAUUGCCCCUUUUACCCCUGCCAUGUUGCAUAACUCAAAAGGCCUCCCCAUUAGACCGGGAGAAGUGGAUUGUCCUUUCUACCUGAAAACUGGCAGUUGCAAAUAUGGUGCCACCUGUCGCUAUAAUCAUCCAGAGAGAUAUGCAAUCAAUCCAGCUGGCGCCAUUGUGUCAACUCCUGCUGCUCAUUUGACUUUUGGUAUGGUCAACCCAAUUUCCGCUGUCAUGCAAACUGUGGACCCACGAAUUGCUCAACCAACGCUUGGUUUGGGUCCAACAGUCUACCCUCAGAGGCCUGGUCAGAUGGAAUGCGAUUAUUAUAUGAAAACUGGGAUAUGCAUGUUUGGAGAGAGAUGCAAGUAUCAUCAUCCUAUUGACAGGUCAGCACAUGCACAGUCAGCAAAUGAAUCCCAACUCACUGUCAAACUUACUCUUGCUGGUCUUCCAAGGAGAGAGGGUGCAAUACACUGCCCAUACUACAUGAAGACAGGGGCUUGCAAAUAUGGGGUGACAUGCAGGUUUGAUCACCCGCCACCUGGCGAGGUUAUGGCGGCUGCAACAUCGCAAGGACCAUCCGAUGAUGUCAAAGAAGAAUGAAAUUCCUACUCUGCCCCUUUUGACUUUUCAUCUUGGAUGUUUUAAAAUGUUUGUGGUUUGAUUUGAUAAUCACCUUUUUCUUUCUUCUUAUUUUGAGAAGCUUUUAGGUUUGAAUUUUAAUUUAUCUGAUCAAGAAAAAUGUUACUAUCUGCUAAAACUUUUGUUGAUCGAUGC